GUACCCUACCUUAAACUAAAGUUUAUAGUGUCACUUAUGGCAAAAAAAAAAUCCUUUCCAAUUCCUUUCUCACUCUAUUAGCUAAAUACAGCUUAGCAUUUUGCAGAACCCUCUAUUUUUCAUCUCCCCCUCUGACUUUCUUCAACUCGUGCAGCUACCUCCGCCGCCCACACCUCACCGGCUAUAUGACUUUCUCUCACUUUGUGCACGCAGAUCUUUGAUGCAAUGAAGUGUUAGCUUAAAGCAACACCUGAAGGCAUGAUGGCUUCGUAGGUUAAAUUACUUUCGAGUGCCUUGCGUUUAAUAGAGGGGAGAUUCAAAACGAAGCACUAUCUGUCCUGUUGCUCUGAGUUGCUGAAGAUUCAAAGAGAUAUUUAAUGUACUUUCACUAGUCUGAAAUGAAGACUUCACAGAAUUUGCAGGACUUACAAAAGUCACAAGAAAAACAACCUUCAACACAGGUCUCCCAUGAUUCCCAAAAUGAUCAACCGAACAAUACAACAGAGAAUCCUGAUGCAGAUUCUAUGUCAGUGUCUGCAUCUGGAAAUGAGAAUAGGAAAGUUUCACGUGAGGAUAUUGAACUAGUUCAAAACUUGAUCGAGAGGUGUUUGCAGCUGUAUAUGAAUAGAGAAGAAGUAGUGAAAACACUUCUAAACCGGGCAAGGAUAGACCCUGGAUUCACAACUCUAGUGUGGCAAAAGUUAGAAGAAGAAAAUGCUGAUUUUUUUCGGGCCUACUACAUACGACUAAAACUGAAGAGACAUAUUAUAUUGUUCAAUCACUUGCUUGAGCAUCAAUAUCAUCUAAUGAAAUAUCCUAUACCCCCCAAGGUUCCACUAGCUCCAUUGCAGAAUGGUAUUCACCCCAUGGCAGUCAACAAUUUACCCAUGGGUUAUCCUGUCUUGCAACAACCGCCAGUUCCUGCUACAGGUCAACCUCAUAUGGAUUCAAUGGGCUUAUCAAGCUGCCAUGUGGUCAAUGGGAUACCUGCACCUAGCAACUUUCAUCCGAUGCAGAUGAAUUCUGUAAAUGAUAUGGUAAUUGAAACGAGUGCGUCAGAUGUAUCUGCAUCAGUCGCUCCGGCAUCAGCCACUCCACCAAGCAAUGUUGUUUCAUCAAUUCCAGAUAUGCCUGUAAGCAGCCCUCCCGCACAAGCGGCUGCCUCCGGUGGUCAUUUUCCCUUUACUGCAUCAGAGAUAUCUGGGAUGGAAGUAGACACAUCUGCCCUUGACACAGCAUUUGCAUCUGAUGCUAGCUCAGUUGGACUACAUCUCCCUACUGAUAAUGGAGCUGGAAAUUCUAGAGAUUUUCUCAGAUCCUUAGCGCAGAUUCCUUGGAACUUCAGUCUGUCAGACCUAACAGCAGAUUUACCAAAUUUGGGAGAUCUAGGAACCCUUGGAAAUGACAGUGGCUCACCCUUUUUGCAUUCUGAUUCAGAUAUUUUACUUGAUUCUCCAGAGCAAGAUGGCUUAGUGGACGAGUUCUUCGCUGAUUCCAUCCCUGGAUCAACAGGAGCUCAAUCGGAUGAAGAAAACCCCUAGAGAAGUCAGGAUAUGUAAUGGUACCCUUGAAAUUGGAAAGUAAGAACUAGUGGCGCAGUAAAUGAUCACAAAUUGAAGACAACAAUGCAUAGAGAAGAUUUCUUACUCAGUUUCACUGUCGAGGGACUGUUGUUUAACUAUGUAGACAAUUUAGCUUCAUAAGCAGGUAUUAGUGCUUUAUUUAGAGUUAUGUAUCUUCCAAAUCAAAAUCAAACUGUAAUCUAUGUAUGGCAGUGUAUGGUCGAAUAAUGCAUAACAAACUAAAUCUUAGUUCUGCAAUGUUGUAUUCUGCUCAUAUGUUCCACAUGAGUGCUUGAUUAGAUUAGUAUAACAGUGAAUUGCUGCAUAGUUUAGGGCAUUAAGUUGCUCUUAAUGAGACCCGGCAUGACCCUAAUGACAAGCCCC